GCUGUCUCUUGAAUGAAUAUCAAUAAAGAGGUACGAAGAAAUGUCCUCACAUACGCAAAUUAAUGAACAUGUGUGGGCAUAUUUCCGCCACUCAAUUUCUUGUUUAUCAUUCGUUACCAACUUCUGCUACUAAACUACUCCAGCAACACUCAUUUCAAUUCUUUCUUUCCACCAUACAAAAAAACAGAAUAAAUAAAUAAAAACUUUUCUCUUUUAUUUCUACUUCACUUAAUCACAUAAUUUGUGACAAUUUAUUUCAAAUUUCAUCCCAUUUCUUCAUGUGGGUUCUUGUUAAAUGAUCAAGUCAGCAACUUUCUGAGGUGGGUUUUGGUUAGAAAUUGAAAUUUUACUGAUUUCGAUUUCUGGGUAUUGCUCAAAAAUCAAAAUGAUGUCAAUGAGUUGCCAAAAUGUUGAUUUUGGUAGAAUGAGGUUUAAUUCUAUUGCUUGUUGUUGUUCAUCUAAUGCUUCUUCUGAUCGUUUGUUUGCAAAAAGUAAUAAUGUAAAGGGUAAUGGAAGUAGGAAGAACAUAAGAAAAGGUUAUGGAGCGCGAAAAUUGUUUUGUUUUCGUUCUGGUAGUCCCAAGUGUAGGGUGUACUCUACCAAGACACCUGAGACUUUACUUAAUGGGGUUAGUGAUGAUCCUUUGCCUGUUUUGAAUGUAAGGAAGGAGUCUAGUGACCCGAUUUCGAUUGCUAAUCUUUUUGAAGUGGUUGCUGAUGAUCUCUUGACUUUGAACAAGAAUCUGCAAGCUAUUGUUGGUGCAGAAAACCCACUGCUGAUGUCAGCUGCAGAGCAGAUUUUUAGUGCUGGGGGGAAGAGGAUGAGACCAGCUUUAGUUUUCCUUGUCUCAAGAGCUACAGCACAAUUAGCUGGUUUAAAGGAACUUACAAUAAAGCAUCGCCGUUUGGCAGAAAUCAUUGAAAUGAUACAUACUGCAAGUUUGAUACACGAUGAUGUCAUUGAUGAGAGUAACUUGAGAAGAGGUAAGGAAACUGUUCAUCAACGUUAUGGCACUAGAGUGGCUGUCCUGGCUGGGGACUUCAUGUUCGCACAGUCAUCAUGGUACCUUGCAAACCUUGAAAACUUGGAAGUAAUAAAGCUUAUCAGUCAGGUGAUUAAAGAUUUUGCCAGUGGGGAAAUAAAGCAGGCAUCUAGCCUAUUUGAUUGUGAUGUACAACUGGAGGACUACUUGAUCAAGAGCUACUAUAAAACCGCCUCGUUGCUUGCUGCUAGUACAAAGGGAUCAGCCAUAUUCAGUGAGGUUGAUCGGAAUGUCUGUGAAAGUAUGUAUGAAUACGGCAGGAAUCUUGGUCUAUCCUUCCAGAUUGUCGAUGACAUUUUGGAUUUUACGCAGUCUGCUGAGCAGCUGGGAAAGCCUGCAGGUGCAGAUUUAGCAAAAGGAAAUUUGACUGCUCCAGUAAUUUUUGCUUUGGAAAAAGAACCUAAACUGAGAGAGAUUAUUGAGUCUGAAUUCUCUGAGACUGGCUCACUAGAUGAAGCCAUUGAACUUGUUAAGAGUUGUGGUGGUAUUGAGAGGGCUCGGGAAUUAGCUCUAGAAAAGGCUGAUAUUGCUCUGCAGAGCCUUCAAUGCCUUCCUGAUAGCGCAUAUCGUGUAGCUCUUGAAAGAAUGGUGCUAUAUAACCUUGAAAGGAUUGAUUAAACAGCAAAAAAUUGCUGCGUGUAUCAUGUAUCAUCAGAUAAUUUGCUAAAACAAGCAAAAGAGCAAAGGAGAUGUCAGGGUGUUUUCUUGAUCUCUAUGCUUGCAUUACCACCAAUGGGUAUAUCAUUGUUUGGUGGCUGUAUAUUCAAUUAUUCACAUAGAAGGCUUUUUUAAGCUCGAGCUCAUCUCUUAGGAUAGCUUUACAUUUAUAAGGUUAAAUGAUUUAUAGAUUUUGAUUUAAGAAACAACAACGAAAUAAUUGUUGUAUACUCUGUAUACAUUAAUAAUUUUUUGCUCGUGUAAUACAAGUGACACCUUAUACUUUUAGCUUUCA